AUGCCGAAACCAGGCUACCCUGCCCUCUAUGAGAUCGAUGCCGUUGGCUAUGAUCUCUUUAUAGAGUAUGGGGACGACUUCCCUCAAUUCUGCCAGGUCGACGUGCCGGAGGACAUGUUGUCGGACGACCCCCCGCUGCCGCCAGGGGAAACCGCCCUAAUGACCUUAGGAAUCACAGUUGGAUUUCUCGUGGCGCCGUGUAGCCAUACACCGCUUGCCAGUGAUCCACACUGGGAGGAGCCGCGCUGGUAUCAGGACAUGCUCGAUAACUAUGCCUCGGAACCGCUCUGGGCAUUGACGGUCCGCGACCGCAUCCUUAGUGCUCUGAGAUCAGGAGGCUUGAACACGAUGCGUGCCAACGACCCGUGGAUGUGGGCCUGGAAUGACUCCGACCCGGACGAGUGGGACAUGCAUAGGGUUGCCGAAGAGGCCAAGUACCAAGAUCGCAGUAUCGAAGGCUAA